AUGGAGAGUAGCAAAACAAGCAGUCUACCACAAACCAAGCAAGUCCCAGUCAAAAUUUCGUUCCCCCAAAGAACAAGGAAGCAACAAGAUGAUAAGCAGUUUGGAAAGUUUAUGGAAAUUCUAAAACAACUCCACAUCAACAUACCCCUGGUAGACACGCUGGAACAGAUGCCCAAGUAUGUCAAAUUCAUGAAGGACGUUCUCUCCAAAAAGAGAGGAAUAACCGAAUAUGAAACUGUGAAGAUGACACAAGAAAGCUGCCAAUACUUGGGCAAACUCCCACCUAAGCUACGGGAUCCAGGAAGUUUCACCAUACCUUGUACAAUAGGGAACAUGUACCAAAGUAAAGCCUUGUGUGACUUAGGGGCAAGCAUCAACCUCAUGCUCUCCUCAGUUUUUAAACAAUUGGCCAUAGGACCAGCAAAACCAACCACUGUAACUUUACAGAUGGCAGAUAGAUCCAUUGUCAAACCAGAAGGAAAGGUGGAAGAUCUACUAUUCAAAGUAGAUAAAUUUAUCUUUCCUGUUUACUUCAUCAUUUUGGACUAUGAAGCAGAUAUAGACGUUCCCAUCAUCCUGGGACGACCGUUCCUAGCAACCGGAGGAGCGGUCAUCAAAGUGCAAAAAUGGGAACUUACCAUGCGAGUACAUGAUGAUGAAGUUAAAUUCAAUGUCAUCAAAGCAAUGAAAUUUCAUGAUGAGGAUGAAGAUCUGGAAGAAUGUUCUGCAAUCACGUUAUCAGAUAACCAGAUCAAUAUAAACCCAGAAGUCAAAGAAAUGGAAGAGGAACAACCUCCUGACUUGGAACUUAAGCCUCUUCCCCAAUACUUGAAGUAUGCGUAUCUGGGAAGCAAUGACACCCUGCCUGUCAUCAUCUCCUCGCUACUCACCAAGGAACAAGAAGAACUGCUGAUUAGCAAGUUGAAGGAAUAUCAAGGAGCUAUUGGAUGGACCAUAGCCGACCUUAAAGAACACCAAAAAAGAUUGAAUCCAAUCAUGAAAGAAGUGGUUAGGAAAGAAGUAAUCAAAUGGUUAGAUGCAAGGAUCAUAUACCCCAUCUCAGACAGCAGUUGGGUAAGUCCUAUUCAGUGUGUUCCAAAAAAGGGGGGCAUAACUGUAGAAUUAAAUGAGAAAAAAGAACUGAUCCUCGUCAGGAAAGUUACGGGAUGGAGAAUUUGCCAGGACUACAGAAAGCUCAAUAAUGCUACCAGAAAAUACUAUUUCCCACUGCCCUUUACAGACCAGAUGUUAGACCACCUGGCAGGUGAAGGAGUGGAAGUCUUCAUGGACGAUUUCUCAGUUUUGGGAACGUCGUAUGAUCACUGUCUGGUCAACUUAGAAGAAGUUCUUCAAAGAUCUCAAGUGAACUACACAGUCACUGAAAAAGAGCUAUUAGCUGUAGUAUAUGCUUGCGAAAAGUUCAGGCCGUACAUUCUUGGAUCAAAAGUCAUUAUCCACACUGACCAUGCAGCUCUCAGAUAUCUAUUUGCCAAGAAAGAAGCAAAACCACGGUUGAUAAGAUGGAUCUUACUGCUGCAAGAAUUCAAUCUGGAGAUCAAAGAAAGGAGGGGGUGCGAAAAUCAAAUUGCUGAUCACCUGUCCAGAUUGGAACACAUGGAAGUGGGGCUACCUAUCAAGGUGGAUGGAGUCCAGUUUGAGAGACUGUUGGAGAAAUAUGGGGUCAAACACAAAGUGGCAACCCCAUAUCAUCCGCAGACUAGUGGACUUAUUGAAGUCUCUAACCGUGAGGUUAAGAGAAUUCUAGAGAAGGUUGUUAAUCUUUCUCGGAAAGACUGGUCUCUCAAAUUAGAUGAGGCAUUGUGGGCUUACAGAACAGCCUACCGAACACCUUUAGGAUGUUCCCCUUACAGAUUGAUAUUUGGCAAAGCAUGCCACCUCCCUCUAGAGUUAGAACACAAAGCAUAUUGGGCGGUUUAUGCGCUCAACAUGGAUGAAAAAGCAGCAGGAGAGAAGAGAAUACUACAGCUUGAGGAACUGAAAGAAUUCAGAGGAAACACGUAUGAAAAUCACAAGCUGUACAAAGAAAAGAUGAAAAAAUGGCAGAGAGCUCAAGGUUGGUCAGCAAGUGUUACUAUUCAACUCCAGGCUCUGAUUGUUCCCAGGAAAGCUCAAAUCAAGAUGGAUUGGGCCAUAUCAAAUCGUAAAAGACGCAGGAAAUGGACCUUUCGAAAUUCAAGGAACGGAACAUGGCUGCUCUUUUAA